AUGGCUGAUAUGCAAGCAAAAUAUCAAAAACUUGCACAGGAGUACGCAAAAUUGAAAGCACAGCAUUCAGAAAUAGUAAAAGAAAGAGACCAAACCAUCAGGAAAUAUGAACAAGAAAUUGACAGUUUAUCAUUUCGAAAUCAGCAGUUGACGAAACGAGUGGACGUUCUACAGAGCGAGUUAGAUGGUUAUGAAGUAAAAGGAAAGAAACACAAGAAACCUAGCAGUGAUUCACCACAACAAAACCUAGCAAGUAAUGUGAUUGGGGAAGAAUUACAGAGUAAGAUCACAGAAAAUGAAAGAUUACAUAAACAGGUCCAUGAAACAUCAGAACAACAUCGACAAAUAAUUAUGCAGUUGCAAGAAAGGCUGAUAGUGUUAGAAAGAGACAAUGCCCAGCACCAAUCAGUGUUGGAAAGUACGCAACAAAGACAUAAAGAAAUCAUAGAUAAGUUACAACAAGACAAGGCUAUGCUUGAAAUAAAGUUACAAACUCAAGAAAAAGAUGUCAAGGACUCAACUAUAAAAGCAAAUAAAUGUGAAGAUGAAAUGAUUAAGAUUAGAGAAGAGUUAACUUAUCGACUUCAGAAAGCGGAGACAACUGUACGAGACAAGCUUGCAUUUAACGACACUGAAAAUCGGUCUUUUAAUUCUUUGAAUGUCCCAACUCAUGACAGAAAACAUCAGAUGAAAGCUAAGGAAGUAAUCGGACAAGCUGCUACACUGAUAAAAGAGUUUGUAUCUGGUCUUUCUAAUUUCCAUACUUACGCUGAGCAACGUUCUAAAGUCUAUCCUGUUGAUUCAACCACUGAUGCCCUUAGUCCUGUCAAUCAAAAAUAUUGUAGUUAUUUACAUGAAAACGCAUCUUAUCUGAGAGCAAUAGAAGCAGCAUUUACGAAUUUUCAAGACAGUGUCAAAGACGAUGCUUUGAUUACACUGGAAACUGCAAUUGGUCUUCAGAAUUUUGCUGACAAGUUCAGAAGUUAUGUGUAUUAUCAUCAAAAGUUAUUACCUUACCAACUUCUUAGUUUAGAGGAAGAAUGUGCGAUAUCGAGCUGCUCCAAGACAUUAGAAAUUAGAAAUAUGGAAUUACAUGUGGCUUUGAAGAAACUUGCAACUGUGCUAAGUAGAUUAGAUACUUAUAUUUAUUGUAUCGCAUCAAUUAGUAAAAAGUCAUGUGAUAUACCAGCAGCCAAUCACAGUGUCCUAUUCAAACAGCUGUCUAAAUGUAUAGAAGACCUUUAUAGUGUCAUGAGAGACGUUUCAAAACAUUAUAAUUCCAAAGUAUCAUUAGAGCAUCAAUUACCAACUGCAUCUCAGAAACUUAAAACCACUGAUGAGUGCGUCGUAUCAUCGCUUAUAUCACUCGUGACGUCUACUGGAAAGAUGUCUAGUUUUGUCAAAUCUCACAUUGAUUUCUUCAGUGGUCCUGUUGGUUUCCGUACAAGAGGUCAUAGUUUUGUUGGUCCUUUAGAAUCUGAUGGUCCGUCCACAUCACCAGCAGUGACUCAGUUCAGACAGAAAGCUGUGCAGUACAUGGCUGCAUUGAAAAGGUCUCCCCCAGAAUCUGUGCCCUAUGAAACUGCAAUACAGAACCGAAGGAUAUUGCUGAGUUCCACGGAGAGUAAAGAGGGACUUGCUCAGCAUGUAGCCAGUAAUCUAGAGAAAAUAACCAAACUGGAACAGGACAAAGAACAUUGGAUGUUAGAAUCACAACUCACACAGAUAAAAUAUGAUAAAGAAUUACAGAAAGUGGGGGUACUGGAAGCACAGUUACAAAGGUUUAGAUCAGGUGGAGUUCAGCCAAGUCCUAUGGUACCAACACAGAAUAAUUCAACAAGCAAGAUAGAGGUUAAUCAUGAAAUACAAACAGAGACAUCAAUGCUUGGUGAAUUUGAAACAUUGGCUUCCACAUCGAGUUCAGAAGAGGAGAGUCGAGAGAAGCUGAUAAAGAGUCAUUACGGCAAUAGAAUAGCUGAAUUAACUACUCAGAUGCAGAAGUCCGACAGUCAGGCUGUUAAUUUCCAUGCUGAGCCUCUAUUUUUUAUGAGCUUGAAACUGCCCGUGAAUGGUAUCCUAGCAACCAGAGUAGCUGAAGCUAUGUUAUUUCUAAUACCAAAGCUUGAAGGAUUGGUAUACCAACAAAAACAAGAAAUUGAGCGCCUCAGGAAUUUUCAUCGACCUCAUGGAAUGUUUGGAAGUAGUCGAACAAGUACAUCUACUAGCCCCACCCCACCAUCUAUCAAUUCAUAUCAACCAUCAUCUCAAACAAACUCACAUGAUAAGGAAUGUAUUAACAGGCCUUGUUCUCAGUGUAGUCAGUGUUCCUCAGCCUUGUCAUCGCCCAAAUUAACAAGAUCUAACGUAGAGUCACAAUCAUCACCGUUAGUAUCCCCAAUACGAAGACCAAGAAAUUCACGUAAUUUUACACAAGGAUCAAGUUCAAAUGAAAGCAUUCCAAGUGAUAGUAUACCAAGGUCAAUACCUCAACAAAAUGGAGUGGUGGCGCAUAAAAAUCGUACAUUACCAGUUGAGAUGGUCAGCAACUUGCCAAAUACAACAACAACAACAAAAAGAGUACAUCCCAUUGCUAGAUGCAGCAAAGAAGUACAAUGUUCAUUGGUCAAUGCUGACCAACUAGAAAAGAAAUGCCAAGACGCCAAUAAUGCCAGAAUACAAUUAGACAGAGAACUGAAAAUCGCCAAAGAUGAAAUACAAAGAUUAAAAAACAAAUUAAAAACAUUAAAAGAACUACAAGAGGAUAGAACUAGAAUAUGUGAGGUGAGAAUAGAGAAUGAAGUGAGUUCAACAUCUCAUACUGAUGACCAAGUUAAUCAUGAUCACUCUGAAUCUGAAAUGUCUGUUAAUUUACCAUUUAUACCAGCAAGUGUUAACAGUAAAACAAAACCUCCAAUUGUACCACGUCCACAGAACAUGGGUACUUUGGCUUUAACCGGUCCUCUGAUAGGUUGUAAGUGUACUACAUGCAACACAUUGGAUGAAAACGGCUAUAAAAGAGUAUCAUUAAAUAUUCUAAUGGAAAGAAACUCAGUACUUAACCAUAGAAAGCAACCUAUUGAAUUAGAUGACCAUGUCGUUGUGAGGGGAGAACGGACCGGUCAUGCUAGGUAUAUAGGUCAUCUUGAUAAUGUAGGAACUACACAUGUUGUAUAUGUAGGACUGCAACUAGAUGCACCAGUGGGACGCCAUGAUGGUUUUUUGAAUGGAAAACGUUAUUUUUGGUGUCAUCGUAACCAUGGAGUGUUUUUACCAAUGCAGGACAUCAUAUGUGUUCUUAACAAAAAGGUCUGCACACAAAUGAGCCAGAGACCUAAAACAGGAGUAAUACGUAGGGCAUCCGAAGACAGUAUGAACUCUUCCAAGACAGUAAACAGUAACCAUAGCAAUAGUAAUGGGUACUAUCAUUCAAAUAGUCAUUCACACAUGAGAAAAAGAACAAAAUCUGCACCAGGUAGAAAACUUAUAACAGCUGACAGUAAUCAAUUGAAAGUUAAAAGGGAAAAUCACUCUUCUCAAGGCUCUCUAUGAUAAUAAGGAGUCACCUGACAAUCACAUCACAUGACAAUAGAG